CUGCCCUGGCCGCUCACCUGAAUUAGCCCUGAAAAGAUGGUGUCUUUGGAGUUCGCCUUUCCCGCUGGAGAGGAGAGUGAUUUCAGCAGCGAUGAGUGGGACAUCGGCUUCCCGGACAAAAAGCCUUCAACUAAAAAGAAAGAAGCUGACUCUGAAGCUGCUUCUGCUGAAGACAACAAAGUGUCUUUGUUGAAGAAAGCCAUCAGUAAAGGAGAUGUAGAGACAGUGGAACAACUACUGGAUAAUGGCCUGGAUGUGGACAGUAUACUGGACUAUGGUUGGACUCCUCUGAUGUGUGCUGUCAGUGGUGGAAACCCCGAACUCACCAAGAUGCUGCUGGACCGGGGAGCCAGUGCCAACUUCAGCAAAGAUAACUGGACGGUGCUGAUGGCCUGCUGCACGGCCUCUGUCCCUGAAGAAAAGGUCUGCAGCUGUUUGGAGCUUCUACUGUCCAGGAACGUAGACCCCAACAUAGUGGACAGGUCUCAUAUGUCGUGCCUGAUGUUGGCCUCCAGAAGCAGUUAUUCUAAAGUCAUCAACCUGUUGGUGUCCCAUGGAGCCAGUGUCAAUGCCCAGGAUCUGAACGGAUACACUGCCCUGUGUUACGCUGUGCAGUAUGGCCGAGAGGAGUCUGUACUCAAACUGCUGCAGCUCGGAGCCGAUAAAAACCUCAAGACCAAACUCGGGAAAACCGCAACAGAUCUGGCACUGCAGUUAAAACAUACACAGAUUGCUAGGAUACUGACAUCCACUUCCAACCAAAACCCCUGUGCCUAUCCAUUCUUCUCAGAGGAAUCUCAAGACUGUGCUAGCAAACUGGAUGAACUGGAGCUUCUGUUUCACGGUUUGGGCCUGGGCUACCUUACUGACAUAAUCACUGACCAGGACAUCAGCUGGAGUCAACUGCUCACCAUGGACAAGACCGACCUCCACAAGAUCGGGAUCACAGAGCCUGAGGACCAGCAGAAGGUUCUGACUGCAGUGCAGCAGUUGGAGCUGGACAGAGUAGAUCUGGAGACCGUCAGUGAACUGGGAGCAGCCAACAUGGGAAGCGAGGAGCUGCACACGUUCCUGAUCAGCAUGAGGCAGCAGUGCUGUUACCUCACAGAGACCAUCCAGGACGUGGUAAACCGCUUCCCCUGCAGGGCCUCUCAGUUGGUGUUUUCUCUGGACCCCCAGGGAAAGGCUCUCUCUGUGUGUAACCAGCUCCUGAUCCAAACCAAAGAUCUGCAUCAAGAGGUCACUCUGCUCAGGAACCUGCUCUGCCAGAUGGACCAGGCUGAUGACUGCUCUGAAGUCCCUGUCAUUUCCUCUAAACUGAGCUGGAGGCGGGUCCUGAAGGGGGCGGCACUGAGCAUGCUGGGAGCCGGAGCCCUGCUGCUACUGGCUAAAGGCCCAGGUGUGCGAACCCACCUGGGCCAGUGGAGCCGGUGGUAACAGGUGCAGGUAACAGGUUUCCAUGGAGACCUCAGGAGCUUCAGCCACAAGACAACAAUGAAGUUUGGAUUUUGGUUAAUGUUGUUGUUCAAACUGGAAAAUAUUACGUCUAUGGUAGAGGUGAACAAUAUAUGGAAACAAUUAUUAUAUCUCUGUUGUUGUUUUGAGGACAUGUAUAAUAUUAUAUUUUUUAUUAAUUAAGAACAAAAGGUUUCAUUAAAAUAAGACCAGUAUAUUUAAAAGGGAACCAAAAUAAUCUAAAAAAAAAAACUAACUUUGAUUAUAAUCUUUUAAAUAAGGUUUAUUUUUACAGUUUUGUGUUUUAGUUUUCACUCUUGUGUGACAUUUUAGCACAUUUCUGAUGGAUUGAAAAAAAUCUAAUCUGAUAAUUGUUAUUGGGAGAAUCACAAAUAUAUACUGUUAUGACAUUUUUGUGUCAAUUUCCUGUUCUUGGAUUCUUCUUCUUUUUUUUCAAUUUGUUUCUAAAAUGCCAGUUUUUAUUUUCAUCUUUCAACUAUUUAUGUUAUUUAUAAAACUUUACUUUGUUCAGGUUAUAGUAACAGUUUGACCUAAAAAACCUGUGCAGUUGGCCCACAGUAAUUCCUGGACUAAACCAGGACUAAACUACAACUGAACCAAGGCUGAACCAGGACAAAAACUACAACUAUACCAGGACUAAACCAGCUAAAAUAGAACAUAAUCCAGGCUUAACCACAUCUAAACCAGGAUUUAAGCAGGUCUAAAACAGCACUGAACCAGGGCUAAAAUGGGACUAAAUUAAGACCAAACCAGGACUAAACCAGGACAGGCCAAGAUUGUUGCAUGUUAUAUCCAGUUCACCAGUAUUUUUGUAGUUAUCAUUGCAAGAUAUUCUGUUUGUGAUGUGUUGUGACAAUUUUUUAAUUUUUUUAUAUAUCUAUACAAACCUUAUGUACAAAUUGUUUUGUGAAUCAACAUUUGGAAGUGAGAAGCACUUUCACACACUUCAGUUGUCAAUGGUGCCAAAUUAGAGAUAUGUAAAA